GGAACAUUUCAUGGAACAUUUCAUGGGAAUGAUAAGGAUCAUCUGCAUAACCUUUUGACGCUUUUUUUCUUCAAGGGAAAGAAAGGCGUUUCCCUUUUCUACCUUUUCUAAUGUAAACUUCACCUAAAAAUAAUCUCCUUCCCCUUCCAUAGACACUGCUAGGGAGUAUUGAGUGAGAACGCAUUUUUCUGGCCCUCAUUUUUCUUCCUUUUCUUUUUCCCUCCCGCGAUUAGGAAUUUCCCCCCUCUCUCAUCCCUUCUUCGGACCAAUUACUUCAUUCUCUUACUUGCCCGCGAGACAAGACGUUUUACAUCUCACGCGGGCACAAUAUAUAGAUGCUGCUUCAACGAAUGCAUCCAUGUGUCCGACUCCAAAUGGCGACGGCCUAGAGCUUGAGAAAUCGAACAAUCAUACUCAACCUCCAUCGAUUUCGCUGACUGCACCUCCCACCGAGAUUAUUGAUGCCGGCUUGAAAAGUUUAAAUCACUACAAGCGCAAACUUCCACCAUGGCGAUACAAUAUGCGACAGGCUUUAUUGCCUUUGGUUCGAUGGGAGACGCCAUACUUGGCUUGGAUGCAGGAUAAGAUGCGAUGUCCAGCACUCGACACUUAUUUUGCUGUCACUGCAAACCUUGGAACGCAUACUUUCUUCAUGAUUGUACUGCCAAUUCUGUUCUGGUGCGGGCAUACAUCUUUAGGACGAGGGAUGGUUCAUAUAUUGGCAACGGGAGUCUUCAUAACGGGAUUUAUCAAAGAUAUGUUCUCACUGCCUCGACCGCUAUCUCCACCUCUCCAUCGUAUUACCAUGUCGGGUUCUGCCGCACUCGAAUAUGGAUUUCCUUCGACACAUUCCGCCAAUGCUGUCUCGGUGGCUGUCUACGCUCUUUUUACUCUCCAUUCUCCGGAAUGCCAAUUACUUCCAACGACGAAACUGGCCUUGGAGAUUGUGAGCUAUUCCUAUGCCUUCUCCAUCGUACUUGGGCGACUUUAUUGCGGUAUGCAUGGUUUUGUGGAUGUAAUUGUUGGAAGUAUUAUAGGAGCACUCAUUUCUGUCGUUGAGUGCGUAUACGGAUCAGCGAUUGACAAUUAUCUCUACAGCAGUACCUGGAAGGCUCCUGUGACGAUCGCCAUAGUCAUUAUUCUUUUGAUAAGGGUUCAUCCAGAACCAGCUGAUGAUUGCCCAUGUUUUGAUGACAGUGUCGCAUUCGCCGCGGUCAUGAUAGGAGUUGAACUUGGAGGUUGGCAUUAUGCUUCCGGUGGCUGGGCCUGGGACGUCCCAGUUCCAGCGACGGUUCCAUUUGAUCUAAACCAUAUGGGCUGGGUAAUUGUAAUAUUACGAGUUCUUAUCGGUGUAUUGGUCAUCUUUGCUUGGAGAGAAGUCAUGAAACCGACAUUGUUGAAAGUACUCCCACAUAUUUUCCGAGUCUUUGAGAAUACGGGGUUGAUCUUACCUCGAAAAUUCUUCAUGCCUGCUUCAGAAUACAACAACAUUCCAUCUAGACUCAAGGUAGAUAAUGUCAUGCCAUCUGUAUCCGAUCUACCAAGUUUGAUCUCAUCUAUACGACAUGCUGGACGGGGCCGGGCUGUGUCCGUUGGGCCUCAAUCAGCUGCCGAUGCAUACGAAACUCUUGCUUAUCGAGAAAAAAGACGGAGAGAUAGUCUUACUGAUGUUUUUGAGGGGAUGACUCCACGUCAAACCGCUACGAAAGAAGCGAAAGAUUAUUUUAGCUCUAGACAACCGACUAUGGACGGCGCUAUAUCAUCUGGAAUGUCAUCAAUUCAUGGAGGCAUGAAUUUGCCAACCCCAGCACAGUCUAGAGUUGGCUCUUAUGAACAGAUGAUGGGAGCAGGUCAUGUUAUGUACACUCCAGGGGUAUCCACUCCGGGUCUUGAGGGUAACGAUGCUGCAGAGGAUGAAAUUACUGUUGGACAGGAAAACGAGCUAGAUGAAACAGAAAUGUUCUCUAGGCUAGAAAAACCUCGCGUGAGAUAUGAUGUCGAAGUAGUUACGAAACUUGUGGUUUAUAGUGGUAUCGCUUGGCUAGCAGUCGAAGGGAAUCCCAUAAUUUUCGAGGUUAUUGGUUUAGGUAUGGGCGUAUGAAGGUAUUGCGAUGAAUAUCAUUGGCUUUGAUGGUCUUGAGCUUGGGAUGUCACUCGUGCGAUUCGGCUAGAGUACUGACUGAUAUUACCGACUCCUGGAGUUUGGUGGUACAUGGAUUUUAUGAUGUGUAUGUCAUGAGGCGUUUCGGUAGUCAAAUAACAUUUAAUUGCAAGCUUGCUUGGUAUCA